AUGUUGUUCGGUAACGCGUCGAUUCCAAGACCAUUUGCUAUGGCAGGGCCUGCAAAUAGUUCAUUUAACGUUUCCGAGCCUCGAUUCGACUCUAUAAGAGAUAGCAAUGCCGUUGCCAACACUGUUGAUGUAAGGUAUAAUGAUGCUUCACAUCGCGACGCAGAGAACUUAGAGGAGAACCGAAUCCUAAAUUUUGAUGGCAAUUACGAUGAUAUGCAUGAUGAAGAAUUUGCAAAUACAUUUGCAGUGAUGCAUGCGGUGCGUAAACUCGGCAGCGUACUCAACGCAACAAGUACGAUCAAACAGACUUAUGCCAACUGGGUUGGUUCCGCAUUCAACGCUUCUCGAUCUUCCCGAGCGUGCUGGCGUAAAGCUCACUUUGCAAAGAGAUGUCCUCUGGGAUUCGAAAGAAGGUUUGGGAUCUGCUGGACGCAAUGUCCAUAUUCGUAUCCAAUUGAGUGUGGGCUUGAGUGCAUCAAACAGAAUGAUGAUUGUGGAUCUGCCAUUUUUUACAAGAUUGCGGUUGUUGUCCAGACAGCGAUAUCGCUUUCUGGGUGGAGUAUCUACGGUGACAUGACAAAGUGGUCAAGAAGUGUUCAAGUUGCGGUUAAGUGCGUUAAAUAUAUGAUUAGCAUCACAAAAUCUCUGGUCCGAUAUAUUCGUUUCAUCAAAGUCUAUCACCCAGAAACCACUCAAGACAAGAUUCUCUCGGUUUUGUACCAGGCUGACAACAUUAUUAUUGAUAUUCCAGUGACAAUAGCCUAUUGCAUUGGAAAGCGGGCGUCUGACGAGGUUAAAUUUGCCGAUUCAGUAGUUACCACUGCAGAAUACAUUAUAAUGGACGUCGUCUCCAACGGGGAUUUCAUCUUGUCCAGCUGGGAUGAAUUUACGAAUUUUAUGAAGAGGAUUGCACUAGGAGAUUCAAUGAAGGAGCUAAAAGGAUCAGAUAUCAAGUCGUUAAAGACCGCCCUCAAGUCCAACACAACGUGCGGCUUUGACUUGAAGCGUUUGCUGGAUCGUACGUGGAUGACUGUAGCAGAACUGCGCUUGCUUAAUCCUGAGAUCUCAGAGGACGACAUUCGCGUUGUUAUGAGCCAAUCGAAUCUCAUGCUAAAUGACAUUCCUAUCGCAACAAAUAAUUGCAUGGCCGAGCUCCUGGUGGGUUCGGAUGAACACACGGCAUAUGCCACAAGAGAUACUCUUCGAAAGACAUUCGCAGCCAUCGUAGACGAUUUAAUCAGUUCGGGAACCAGUGAUAAUGGCACCAUGCUCAAUUUUUAUAAUUACGCUUUCAAAAUAGCAGACCGCGCGAUUGGAUUUUAUGCCAUUUGGGACUUCUUCUACGUAUCUUCCGUCGUUUCCCAGUAUGUUCAGCCCAUUUGUGGCCCCACCCAGCUCAUUGGUGAAAUUGACGAUGGUGACUUGACGAAAGCAUUAGCUAUGUCCAUUGUGCAAGGAGCUUUCAACAACAGCAGUGGUAUGUGGACAAAAGUUGGCGACGGUAGUGUCAAGAUUACAUUCAAAAGCGUUGAUAAAAAAGAUGUUGCUGUCAAUAUCAAAUCUGGAGGUGACAAGAUUGACGAAGUCAUUGUUCGCGCGGGCGAAACUGUAGUUUGGGAGUCAAAUGUAUCAGCGUUGGGAGGAAAGACUUUAUAUUUGGAUCGGUGGCGUCCGGGUUUUCUCGAUUUUCCAAGUACAGGAGGCGGCUCACUACUUCUAUGGGUCCCUCAAUCGGCGCAUAACGGUAGUUUGCAACUUACUGCGAUGCUAAAUGCGAGCUGA